CAGAGCAUUGUGGUCUUCGCCUUUGACAUCAACGUAUCGACACCACGCUUCAUGAAGAGCAGACUCAUACACACGGAAACAGUCAAGAAAUUCGGGACUUCGUAUCUACUGCACAAAUCACAGGCGCUAACAUACUGGGACAUGGUUUUCCAGUUGACGUAUUUCUUCUUAUGCUGUGUUAGUGAUUUGGUGACUAGCUCUGGAGCUCACAGUCCACUAACCAGGAAGAUUGUUGCGUUCAGAGAUUGGUUCCUUGCUGCAGUAGCAUUUCCCAUUGGAACUCUUGUCGUAACAGUGUUUUGGCUUAUUUGGGCAGUGGACCGAGAGCUUAUAUUUCCCAAAGUAUUGGAUGACUUUUUCCCUGCUUGGCUAAAUCAUGUCAUGCACACAACAGUUGUUCCAAUUCUACUGUUGGAUAUGUUCCUUGUCAGGCACCGGUAUCCCUCCAAGUUCAGUGGAAUACUUGGCCUAGUCAUUGUAGCCUUGUCCUAUCUGUCAUGGAUUUUGUGGCUAGGAUUUGUUGCAGACAUCUGGGUCUACCCUUUUCUCAAAGUCUUACAUGGGACAGCCUUCAUUGGCUUUAUUGUAGUGUCUGCUCUUGCUCUUCUUGUCAUCUAUCUUGUGGGUGAGAAGGUCUCUAAAGUCUUUUGGCGUGGUUACACAGAUUAUGAUUUUGAGAUGGCUAAACUAGACUAAUAGUCAUCUUUCUGCAGUGAUCAUCCUGCAAGGUUUCUGCAGUAAUCCGCCUACAAAGUUCCUUGCUGAAAGCAUUCUUUUUUGUCCACUUUGAAGAAGUAAAAAUUUCCUUUCAAUAUAGAAGAAUUAUUAAUUUGAUGUACAUGUAUGCACUUUUAUCUAAUAUUCUUAUUGACUGAAUUGUACAAAAUCAUAAUAAUGUAAUUUGACAUUUUUUAUUAUGGAAAACUAUGAAAUUGUUUAUAAAUCCUGGAAAUGUCACACAAUCAUCAUUCAAAAAUUGUUUCAAUUGUGGAAAUAAUUCUUGUACGGAUUACGGAGCUUAUAUUUGCUUCUGUUUGUUCUGCUUUGAAUGUGCUGCAAACGUUCAGUGUAUGUGCACAGGCAUCCAUAUAUUUGGCAUCCAUUUUUAUUUUUGGGUUUUUUUUUUAGAUCAAGAAAAAUCAACAGCUUUACUAUCCAUACGAAAAUCCUCAAGAAAGGCCAUGUGAGGAUUGUUGAGUCAUUUGUCAUUGAUGUUUCUCAUAACAGAAAUUGAUGAAGACGUAGCAGUUGUGGCUGUUAGAUCUCUGUAGCAUAGCGUGAUGUAUUGCAACAUUGAAUAAAACACUAGGGUUGAAUGAGCGAAGCUUAUUAAUUUUUUCAGUUAAUUGGAAAGCACAUACCUAUAGGUAAUGUAAACUCUUCAGGUGUUUGGGAAAUUUUUACUUUCCUUCCAUUGAAAUUGACAGACAGUCUAUCCUCAUGAGGGCUUGAGUUUGAUAUUACCAGGCUUUUAAAAUGUUGGUAUAUGUGUCUGGGUCAGGGAAAGGUCAACAUUUAAGAUAUUGUUGAUUUUUGGAUUUCGAAACCAGAUCGGUGCCCAUAUAAAUUACAUAUACCUGCUUUUUCAUGUGUUUCAUAAAGUUUUCUUAUUAUCAUUACGAUGGAGUUAAUCCUAAUAUCCUUUUUCUUUCAUUUCUAAGUCAACAUGCAGGAUGCUCGAAAAUAUUUCGGCCAAGUUAAUCAGUAAAUAUAAUAAUGCACGCAUCAGAAUUGGAAAAAAAGUAUUACUCCAUACGAAAUGUCACAUAUCGGUUGUCAGAUUACGUUCAAAGACAAGUACACUGUACAUGUAAUUUUGUUAUAAAGCUGACAUAAUGAGCUCAAA